AUGCAAUUCUCUUCAGUUAUCGUCGCUUCUGCUUUGGCUUCUGCUGCCCUUGCUGCUGAUGUUGUCUCCCAGAUCGGUGAUGGUCAGAUUCAGGCUACUGCUUCUGCCUCUACCACCGCUGCUGCCGCUGCUACAACUACUGCCGUCACUGACACUUUGACUACCACUUACUGCCCAGAGACUGCUUCUGCUGCUGCUGCUGCUAACAGCACUGUCGCCACCUUUGAGGGUGCUGCAGCCAAGGCUGACGCUUUCGUCGGUGCUGGUUUGCUCGGUGCUGCCGUCGUUGCUUUGUUCUAA